GACUCUCCCUGGACAUCCACGGGAGAUACGAGGGUGGUGGGGUCUGCCAGAAUUGUCAGCAUAACACCGAGGGUAUCAACUGCAACAAAUGCCGACCUACCUACUUCAGGCCGUAUGGGAAGACUUGGGGGCAAAUCGAUGUGUGUCAACCAUGCCAAUGCGACCUACACUACUCGACCGGCAACUGCGCAGAAGAGACCGGCCAAUGCGAGUGUCGUAAGGAGUUCCUGCCGCCGAAUUGCGACUCCUGCGCAUACGGCUAUUUCGACUACCCGGACUGUAAGCCUUGCACUUGCAACCUGAAUGGAACUGAAGGGAACAAUUGCACUCCUGUCGGAGGAUUGUGCCCGUGCAAAUUCAACUACGCUGGAAAUUCGUGUGAAAUUUGCGCAGAUGGAUACUACUCGCCGGAAUGUAAAAAUUGCGAGUGCAACUCUAUCGGGUCGGUGUCGCAGAUUUGCGACAAAACCACCGGCGACUGUACCUGCAAAAGCAAGUACAGUGGCCGCACAUGCAACCAGUGCGAGGCCGGAUACUUCAACUACCCAACGUGCAAACAAUGCAACUGUGAUAUCAGCGGUACUGAAGCAAGCAUUUGCGAUGACGUCACGGGCCAGUGCAUCUGCAAAGUCGGCUUCGGCGGCGCCCGCUGCGACCAGUGCAUUUCUGGCUACUUCAUGGAGGUCCGGGGUCGGGAACGGCAAUGCGUGCCCUGCAACUGUUCCCCCACUGGCUCCACCUCCACCAGCUGUUCCGCGGACGGCAAGUGCAAUUGUCUGGUCAGUUUCGGGGGCAAGCAGUGUGCACAGUGCUCCCCUGGGUAUUAUAAGUACCCUGAGUGUUUACCCUGCAACUGUGACGUGUCUGGGUCUCUGGGCUCAACCUGUGACGACAGCGGCCUCUGUCAUUGCAAACCCAACUUCGACGGGACCAAGUGCGAUAAAUGCAAGCCACAAUUCUACAACUACCCAGCUUGUGAAGAAUGCAACUGCGACCCGAGAGGUGUCAUCCCACAAUUUGCUGGUUGUGGUUCAGUUCCCGAAGGAGAGCUCUGUCUCUGUAAAGAAUAUGCCCACGGCCGUAUUUGUAAUGAUUGCAAGCCUCUAUUCUGGAACUUACAAGAGUACAACCCUCUCGGAUGCGAGAAGUGUAACUGCAACGUAUCUGGUACACUCGGUGGUCUGGGAGCCUGCGACACCAGAAGCGGACAGUGUAUUUGCAAGAUGAACGUCGGCGAACGCCAGUGCGACCAAUGUAGAGACGGCUUCUACCAGCUCGAGUCUAACAAUGUUUUCGGAUGCACUGAAUGCGACUGCGACCCCGGUGGAUCCAUCGACAACAAUUGUGACAAGUUGACCGGCCAAUGUCGUUGCCACUCCAGAGUCGAAGGCCGACGGUGUGACCGACCAAUCAGAGCACACUAUUUCCCAACCCUUCACCAGUUCCAGUACGAAGUAGAGGAAGGUCUGACCCAAUCUGGACCAGUGAGAUAUAGGAAUAAUGAAGCGGUCUUCCCUGGGUAUUCCUGGAAGGGAUAUGUCGUGUUUUCUAUACUACAGAAUGAAGUAAUCAACGUAGUCCAUAUCCUAUCCAAGUCAUCGCUUUACCGGAUGGUGAUCAAAUAUGCGAACACUCUGAAAGACCCGGUCGUGGCGACUGUCAUCAUCACGCCGGAAAAUGUCAAUGAUAUUCAACAGAAAUUCAGCGUACUUCUAAAGCCGACCACGCAGCCUCAGCUUGUGACGGUGGCCGGAGAGAAGGGCUUGGCCCCGUCGCCCUUCGUUAUGAACCCGGGUAAUUGGACCGUCACCAUCAAAACUACCAAGGAGGUCAUGAUUGACUUCUUCGUACUAGUACCAGAGACGUACUAUGAAGCGACCAUGCUGACGAAGCUGGUGGACAAGCCUUGUGUGGUGAACGACAACAAUCUGUGCCGACAUUACGUGUACCCCAGCGUCCAGGGCCGGCCUCGUGCUGACGUCACCAGCCUCUCCUCCUCGGCUACCAUCUUCAUUGAUGGCGAACAGCAACUGAAAGAACUGGACGCGGAACCGAACACCAUACCUCUACUGAGCAACGACCAAAACAGCCUAGAAUACUCAAUGACCAUCGAACCACCAGGUCGCUACGUGCUCGUAGUCGAAUACGUGACCCCAGUUGGCAAUGACAUGACCGCUUCGAACGAAUCCUACGCGUUCUCUGCAAGGAACACUUUAACCGUCCGGUUCCAAUCCGGCUCCGAUCCGGAAACGUAUGCGAUCGUGAAGCUGAACGAGUGUCCGUAUACGUCGCCUUGUAGACAGGUGGUGGUCAAUGACCUGACCAUGAUACACGUGGUCGAAGUCACGAGUAAGGAGAACACUGUGCAUUUGGAUGGUGAACGCGACACUCUAGCAGGCAUCAAGUCUAUAAUAGCUAUCCCGGAGGCAGAUUGGCACUUGGACUACAUGACUCCGAGGCCGUACUGUUUGCGACGCAAUGGAAAGUGCGAACCAGCUGUGUUCUCAGCCGCUGUCGACUCCAAAAAGGUUGAAAUAGAGACCGGAUCAGGCGGUGACACGGUUACUCGCCCACCCAUCUUGGAUAACUCCACCACAGUGGUGUACUUAGCGCCUUCCACGGAACCUGUCAAAAUCGAAACCAAAGUCCCAAGCCCUGGGGACUAUAUUUUCGUGGUGCAUUACUACCAACCAGAUCAUCCAAAAAGUAACGUAGACGCCGUGAUAAUGAUCGACGGGACCUUGUACCAGACACAAAUGCCCGUGGAGCACUGCCCGUCUAAUUCCGGCUGUAGGUCUCUGCUGCAAACAGUUGAUGGCAGAAGACAAUUUCCAGUUACUGAAAACAUUACUAUCACCUUUUCGGGUGAAGGCAGCAAAGGCGUGUGGCUGGACUAUCUCCUGGUCGUGGGAGCGCCCGACUUCACGGAGGCGGCUCUGAAGGAGGCCAACAUGGUCGACUACACGCGCCAGUUCAUCGAGACCUGCGCCGCCAACCAUUACCAGAUCAGCCGCAACAGUAGCGAUUUCUGCCGCGAGUCAAUGUUCUCCAUCACGUCCGAGUACAACAGCGGAGCCCUAGCCUGCCUCUGCGACUUCAUGGGCUCCACCGAGCUGGAGUGCGACACGUUCGGGGGUCAAUGCCCUUGCAAGCCCAACGUCAUCGGAAGGUCCUGCCGCGCCUGCAGGACUGGCUACUACGGCUUUCCGAACUGCAAGCCCUGCCAUUGCCCUUCGACCGCCAUUUGCGAUGAUAACGGCAUGUGCAUCUGCCCAAAGAACGUGGAAGGCGAGGACUGUAACCGCUGCAAGAAAUACACGUUCAACUUCGACGUACAACGAGGAUGUGAUGACUGUAACUGCAAUCCCUUGGGCGUCGUCAACAACAAUCUGCAGUGCGAGGCUGACAGCGGGAAUUGCGACUGCAAAGAGAACGUGAUAGGCCGCGUGUGCGACCACUGCGUGCCCGGACACUACGCGUUCCCGGACUGCGUGCCGUGUACGUGUGACAGAGACGGCACUACUGACGACGUGUGCGAUCAGAACACGGCGCAGUGCUAUUGCAAGAAACAUGUUAGAGGACAGGCUUGCAACACCUGCAAAGAGGAUUACUUCAACCUGCAGGGUGACAACCCUGACGGCUGCACCAAGUGCUACUGCUUCGGGAAGACCACGCGCUGCGCCAGCUCUUAUUUGGCUUGGGGAGAGAUCAACGGCAUGAGCGAUUGGUAUCUAGCCAACAUAGAAGUGAACCGCACGCUCAACAUAUUCCCGCACCCGGAUCUGCCUAUCAUGCAGAACGACUCGACCAUCGAAGUUGACUUCCAGUCUUUGACUUCGGAGCCCAAGGUCCUGUACUUCGGAGCUCCACAAUACUACCUCGGCAAACGCUUAACAUCCUACGGCGGCUACCUCACAUACGCCAUCUACUACACCGCCCAAGACAAGGGCCGGCCCUCAGCAGAACCCGACCUGAUCGUCGGCGGCUCCAACAGCUACAUCGUCCAUAACAGCAUCGAACAACCGCCUUCGGAGACAGCCUGGACACAUUCUGUCAGAAUCACGGAAAAUCAGUUCACCAAUCUUGAUGGAACUGCUGUGACAAGAGACCAGUUUAUGAAUAUUCUAGUUAAUGUCACUAGUAUUUAUGUCCGAGCGACGUAUUGGGAUGAAGGCAUUAUUACGCAAUUAAUGAGCGUUCUACUAGACGUGGCUGUACCAGUAGAAUACGACGAGUACGACCAAUCAAAGCAGGCGACAUCCGUAGAGCAGUGUCAAUGUCCGCCCGCGUACAGGGGAAUGUCGUGCGAGCAGUGCGCGGCAGGGUACUAUAGACUUAGCUCCGGACCUCAUGCGGGGCGCUGCGUGCCUUGCCAGUGUAACGGACACUCUAGAGAGUGCGAUGUUAAUACUGGCAUUUGUUUGGCCUGUACAGACAACACCAUGGGUGAUCAUUGUGAACAGUGCAUCAUCGGUUACCAUGGAAACGCGACGGUGGGGACUCCAAGAGACUGUCUCAUCUGCGCCUGCCCACUUCCAUAUGCAUCAAACAAUUUCGCCAUCGGUUGUGAGCUAAGUCAAAAUGGCUCUCUGAUCUCCUGCGACUGUCAACCUGGCUACGGAGGCGCCCGGUGCGAAUAUUGCGCCGCUGGGUAUUUUGGACAACCUGAACUACCAGGCGAUUACUGCAAACCUUGCAACUGUUCUGGCAACAUCAACCCCAACGACCCUGGCUCCUGCGACAGCAUCACUGGAGAUUGCCUCAAAUGCGUCAACAACACAGCCGGAGCCGCUUGCAACCUCUGCGCUCCCGGCUUCUUCGGUGAUGCCAUCUUCUCCAAGAACUGCACUGCGUGCAUCUGCGACGAACUGGGCAUGGACUACUGCGACCCCUCCACCGGCACCUGCGUGUGCCAACCAGGAGUUAUCGGAGAGAAGUGCGACCGUUGUGAGGAAGACCACUGGGGGCUGAACAGCGGCAGGGGGUGCACCCCCUGCGACUGCGCACUGGCAUCUAACUCCACCCAAUGCGACGAUAACAAUGGACAGUGCAGUUGUGCGAAAGGAGUAACGGGUCGGCAUUGCGAACACUGCGCCGCUGGAUACUGGAACUACAGCAAGGACGGGUGUGAUCAUUGCAACUGCAACACCGGCUAUUCUGUCGGCUUCAUGUGCAACGCGACUGGUCAGUGCGAGUGUCUGCCCGGCGUGGUCGGCGAGAAGUGCGACCGCUGUCCUGAGAGAUGGGUGCUGAUUCCCAACCAGGGUUGUCAAGAAUGCGACUCGUGCACUGAUGCGCUCAUUUUCACCGUACAAGAUUUGCGUGAUCUGUUACUGAAUGAAACGCAAGAGUUCAAGGACAAAGCGGACUCGUUCUUCACCACACAGCGCCUGAACUACAUCUCGAACCAGACUGAAGCCCUCAGACCCAGGGUUUCUGAACUCCAGAAUGUGGACCUGGCCGACGUCACCACCGCCUUUAAGACCCUUGAGAGCGCCGCUAAGAAUCUGCUCAGAUCUGCGGAAUUCGCAGCGACAGACAGUGAUAAGCAGAUAGUCCGAGCAGCUGACCUGGCUGUAGAUGCUAACAAGAUCCUGAGGAUGGUCAGGAGCAGCGCUGAUGAGGCGGCAGCCGUCAUCGCCCACGUGGCUGACUUGGCAACUGGGCUUGAGCUGAGUCAGCAACCCAAAGUGGACAGUGCCCUGACAGAAGCCAAGCAGAUUAGAGACGAUUUGGCUGACAAGGACUUGAAGCCCAAGGAGUUGAUAGCAUUCGUCGCUCUGGACAACGCCACCACUCAGAUAGAACGGAUGAACAUCUUCGUUCAACCGGUCAAUGAACAGGCAAUGCGUUUCGAUUCCCUCGUAAACAACACGAGAGACCUGAAGAAGAAGCUGGACGAGAUGCUGGAGCACACCGACUUGGCGCAGCAUACCGCCGAAAUGGCCAAGAGGCUCAACUUCAAAAACAAGCAAUCCAAGUCGAACAGCAAAGUGGGUUCAGUGACCGACCUGAGCAGCGCCGCCAUGUUGGAUCUAAUAGAGGCCGCCCAUGACACCACCAACGCGACACAGUACACCAACAUUGCCACCGAUGCUGUGGCAGACGCCGUCAAAGCUUUAGAGGAGAUCAGACAGCAGAAUAUCAACAUGGACGACCGGCUGAUCGAGCUGGACAAGAAGAUGGCCGAUCUGAACAAUUACACCAAUGUGGCGCAUCAGCACGCCAUGAGCUUGGGGAACAGGGCUGACAACUUACGAGAUCUGGCCAAGCGUGAGAACAACAAUACCAGAACACAAGACGCGUACGCAGCCGCCUCGGCGUACUCUUCAAUUGUACAAGAGAUAGCUGAUGCCAAGAUGGCCGCCGACCAAGCUGACGAAGCUGACAAGAACGCUACUAGCAUCGAAAAUGACCUGAAACAACGUGUUGGUCCCGCGCGGGAGAAAUCUCAGAAACUCUUACAAGAAGCCCUGCAAGCUUUGGACACCGUGGACAAGACGCUGGGGCCCAAUUUGACUCUGGCCAUGAGUUCCUUGACCAACGCCUCGGAGACACUGGGAAGAGCUGGUGACGACACCAAUGCCAUUGAACUCGCUAUGCCAUCAAAAAGCACGUUUGCCCUUCAAGAGGAGGCUGCCAAAGCUGAUAGGGUAAAUGCUGUAGUCCGAGAAACCCUGGACACGAUGUCGGAGCUGGGCAAGCACCUGGCCAGCAGCAAGCAGUGGGCGCAGACGCUGCCCAAACAGGCAGACGAGGCGCAGAAGAUGGCAGCCAACGUGGAGUCUUUAUUGAAGCAAACUGACAAGAGCGACGCGCUGGACAUGAAGUACAGGGCCGUGAAGAUGAUGCAGGAAGACCUGGAGAACAGGAGGGCUGAGGCCAACGCCAAGCUGCUGCGGCUCAAGGAGCAGAUUGAACAGGCGCGCACCGUAGCAAACCGCAUCGAGUUCGGAGUGAGUUUCGACCGGCUGUCUACCCUCCAACCCCGUUUGCCGGACAACAUCGACGAGAUGUCAACCUCCACUCAAGUCUCUGCCUACUUCCGCACAAAGGAGAAGGACGGUUUCCUACUGUACCUCGGAAACCCUAAAGACACUAAUUUGAGGAGAAGCAAGUCGGACGACUUCAUGGUGCUUAGCAUCCAGAACGGGUACCCCCGCCUGGAGAUGGACAUCGGUGACAGCCACGACUCGGGCCGGGACCCGGCCAAGUUCAUCAGCGACAAAUACGUGGCCGACGACCAGUGGUACCAGGUCAUCGUCAACAGAGUGGGCCGCAGCGUGAAGCUCUCGAUUCGCGAGGCACUAGCCAACGGCUCAGAAUACGUCCACUCCAAGGAAGGCAUGCUCCCCGGGACCCACACCAUCUUCAACUUGGACAAGCAGAAGUCCAAACUCUACGUGGGCGGGGUCCCGUCGGAUGCCAAACUCCAGAAGAUCAGCUUCCCCGCCUUCGAGGGUCAGAUCGAGGAGCUGAUGAUUGGGGACACGCCUGUGGGACUCUGGAACUUCGUGAAUGCGACCAACCUUAAAGGAUCUAGGAAGAGGAACAUACUUAUACCGCCACCCGUCUCCCAAAACGAGUACCGCUUCAACGGGCGCUCCCACGUCACCAUGUCGGGCGCCAAGCACCUGGUGCCUGAGAAGAACCACAUCCAGCUGUUCUUCAGGACCUACGCUCCAAACGGCCUCAUCUACCUGGUGGGAGAAAACAACCACUUCUUCUCCGUUCAGAUGCAAGAUGGUGCUGUUUAUAUGCAGAUUGCGUUCGGCCCCAAAGAGGAAGACCUGAUAAUCCUGGGCACUUCGAAGACUUACAACGACGGCCAUUGGCACAAGCUCGACGCGACCAGAUACCUAUCAGACUGUUCCCUCAAAGUGGACGGAGAAAUACUCAGAUGCGUUCCAUCAGCAGUCACUUCCACAGUCAAAGAAAUACCAGCUAUCGGUACCAUGAACUUCGGAGGCGGAAACAAGGGUAUAUCCAGGGUGACUAGUCAAGGUUUCGACGGUUGCAUCAGACAGAUAAACAUAGACAGGAUCAAUGUGGAGCUGGGAGACAGCGUGGAGUCUAUAGGAAUGGUCUACGGAUGUCAGAUCGCGUCCCUAGUAUCGCUAUCAGGCCAGGACAGCUACCUCCGCUUCACGGACGUGACCCUGGAGAACCCGCAGAUCACGCUCAAGUUCAAGACGUCCAGCCCCGACGGGCUGCUGUUCGUGUACUCCAGCAGGACCCACACCACCAGCAGCCAGGACCUAAUAUCGCUCUCUCUGAUCAAGGGUCAGCUAGUCCUGACCAGCCAGCGAGAGAAGCUGGACACAGGUCUCAACACGUACAACGACUCCCAGUGGCACGUGGUCACUGUCACACACGGCACCAAGGCGCUCAAGAUGGUCAUCGACGAUUAUGACUACUUCAGCACUGACACAGCGCCAGACCCUCUCCACAUUCUAAACGGGGUGUUGUUCAUCGGCGGCAUCCAGCCGAACUACGUGAUCGCCGGCAUCAUCGGGUCCCGGGUUCCGUUCCAGGGGUGCAUAGCGGACACCACGCUCAACGGCCGCGUGCUCAACCUCCUGGAGCCCUACAGCAAUAGCAGCGUCACGUUCGGCAGGUGUGGCACUGUUACCACCACGGGCGGGGUGUUGCCAGGUGGCGACUACCCCACGUUGCCGCCGCCAACGGUGUUACCAACUCCACCGCCGACGCCGCACACAGAAGCGCCAGUGGUUUCACAAACGCCGGUCACUAGUAAAGCACGAGCGUCCGAUAUCCAAGCGACGCCACGAAGCACGACUGUAAAGAAAGUCUCCACGACGCCGCGCCCCAAACUCCAACCCGAGACCGGCUGCGCGCUCGCCUACGACAGCUACUACACCGUCGGCGACCCAGAAGAGGGAUAUCGCUUUGGUUCACGCCGCGACAGUCGCAUCGAAUACGGCAAGCUGCCUGGCAGACAGCUGGAACUGUACGACCUGACCAUAGGCUUCCGCACCUUCGACAAACACGGAGGCCUAAUGUUCUACGCCGAGGCGGACAGUGCUCCGGAACAGUUCCUGGCUGUCUUCAUGAAGGACGGCCUGCUGCACGUCUCAUUCAACUGCGGCGAGCGCACAGGCCGUGUGACGUCAUCACAGACUUUCAACGACACCGAAUGGCACUCCCUGACCCUGGUCAGAAACGGUGGUCACAGCAAGGUCACUGUGGACAACAAGGAAGUCGGGGAAACCAGCGUCUCGUGUGUUAACCCCAAGGCGCUGGCGCCGCCGUACUUCUACGGGGGUAUACGGAAGGUCACCACGCAGUAUAAUGAGAGUGUGGCGUUCUACCAGCCGUUCAAGGGCUGCAUGAAAGGCUUGCUGAUGAACGGCCAGCCGGUGCGUGAUGAAAUGCAGCGGACGAAUGCGCUGCGCUGCGUGGACAACGUCGAAGAUGGCAUCUACUUCGAGCCCUCUUCUGGAGAGUUUAGCAGCUACCUUAAGCUGGUGAACCACUUCCGAGUGGGCAACGAAGUGGGCAUCGCCAUGGAGGUGAAGCCGCGGAACAGCACGGGUCUCCUGCUCAGCGUGUACGGCAAGAAGGACUACCUGGUCAUUGAGCUGCUGGAGAACUCGGUGGUGGCGCGCGUGGAGAACGGCAUGGGUCCGUUCCAGGCCAGCUUCAACUUCGGGGAGAACUUCUCGCUGUGUGAUGGCAAAUGGCACACCAUUCAUGCUCUAAAAUCCCACCACGUGGUGACCAUAGGCGUCGACGGGCACUUCUCUGACGCCGUGCUGGGCCGCUCGGGCUCCACGGACACCCGCUUCGGGCUCUUCAUCGGAGGCCACGACAGAGACAUCAAGUCUCUGCCCGGGACCCAGUCCAAGCAGGGCUUCGUGGGCUGCGUCAGAAACAUCCGCAUCAAGGAGAAACCUGUAGCCGUGCCCAGCACCGCCAUUUCGAGGGGAGCCCAUAUAGGAGUGUGCCCGCUGGAUUAAUUUCUUAAUUUUGGUGCGAGAUAUAAUGUUGAGUUCAUUUAUAUAUGUAUUAGUAUUUAUUUUUGAAGUAUAUUGUAUGUAUGAAUGACUGGAAAAGCCAGUGCCUGUGCCAUUAAGUCGUGCUAGAUUUUCAGUUUGUAUUAUUUAUGUAUGUAACAGCCUUGUAUCGAAUGUAUGAUCGAUUAAUUUUGUGACUGUGUUCAGAGAUUAUGUCUUGAGUUUAUAUAUGUAUGUAUUGAUUUUUAUUAUCUAUGUAUGUAUGGCAGAAUCUUAUAUCUGUGCUCUUUCGAGGGAGCUCAUAUUGCAAUGUACCCGUGAAUUAAGAUUCUCUAACUGUGGUGCGAUAUUAUGUUUUAAAUUUUUAAUCACUAUGUAUGUAUUCGUUAGUAUUAUGUAUGUAUGUAACAUUUUUUCAUAUAAAAUGACAAUUUGCAGUAAUCCUAUCAACACAUUAAUUUUGUCAUCCUCAUGGUAAUGUCUGAAUUUUCACUUUUUAUAUAGUCUGCAAUGUUUAUGUAAGCCUUACUAUUGCAAUAAAAAAAUAUAACUUUAUAUACUAUUUUAACGACGAAUUAAUCGUAAAAAUUAAAUAUUGCUACAAUUUAUGUGAAUCGUUUUUGAUAUCCAUUGUAAUUCGCCAUUUUAUGUCAAUAUUGUCAUAAAUCACAGUCAAUGAAAUCAAAUAUGUCUGACAAAAUAAUAUAGAAAAUAAAAUAUAACAUCAGAACAACGUUGAACAAUUUAUUUCACAUGCUUUAC